AUGGAACCAACCACAGAAUUAUAUUUAGAGUUCCUAAAUAUUGUGUUGCCAUACUUUGUUGAUUUGAACAAAGAGAUGCUAUCAGAGAGCCCAAAACUCUACUUGCUAUAUGAAAAGAUUUUUGUAACCUACAAGACAAUACUAGAAUGUUUUAUGAUGCCAGAAUAUUUGGAAUUGACAGAACAGGAAAAAUCUGACAUUCAAGUCCAUGACAAAGCUGAAGCAUUGGAAACAAAAAUAUUGGUUUUGGACUUUGAAAAAACUGAAAACCACUUACUCCUGGAAGACAUAUACUUAGGAGGCAAUGUCGCUGCUUUAAUUAUAAAGAACAGAAGCAGUAUUCAUCCUGAUAAAACAUCCUGA